UCGGUAAGAGGUACGCCUGCGGCCGGAAACCACCAGAGGACGCUGUGGCUCAAAUGAGAAUUUGCGACAAUUGUUUCUUCUUGACGGCUGAUGAUGACAUGUCAACAACAAACAUGGCAACCAGCAGCAACUAUUGGGAAGAUUUGCGUAAACAGGCCAGACAGCUGGAGAAUGAGCUGGAUCUCAAGCUGGUCUCCUUCAGUAAGCUCUGCACCAGCUACAGCAGCAGCAGCAAGCAGGACCAGCGGACAAGAGACAGCAGGUCUGAUUGUGUCGGCUCGUCUCAAGACAAUAUGCUCGUAGCCAUGACUACUGAGCUGGAGCAGCUAUUGGCCAGCCUUUCAGCAGUCAAUGACAAGAUGGCCGAAUACACAAAUAGUCCGGGGGCUUCAUCGCAUAACACUGCAUUGAUGCACACCUUACAGAGACACAGAGACAUUUUACAGGACUAUACUCAAGAGUUCCACAAAACCAAAAGCAACUUCUUCAGCCUGCGAGAGCGAGAGGACCUGCUGGGAUCUGUUCACAGAGACAUCGAGUCCUACAAGAGCAGCACAGGAGUGAAUAACAGAAGGACUGAGCUCUUCCUCAAGGAACAUGAACAUCUCAGAAGCUCUGAUAGUCUUAUUGACAAUGCAAUAAGUAUCGCCAUGGCUACCAAAGAGAACAUCACAUUUCAGCGUGGGAUACUGAAGUCCAUUCAAACCAGGGUCACAACUCUGGCCAAUCGUUUCCCCACCAUCAACAGUCUCAUCCAGAAAAUCAAUUUGCGCAAGAGGCGGGACUCUUUAAUUCUAGGCGGGGUGAUUGGCGUCUGCACCAUACUCCUGUUGCUCUACACUUUCCACUGAUUUGCUGAUCAACCGACGGACCUUUAUUUCUUUAAGAAUAAAGAAUAUUCAUUGCAUCUCAAGACAUUUUAAAUGUUUUCAUAUUGCAAAUUCCUCCCCUGAAAACAGCAGUUUAUAGAGUUAAGAAGGGAUUUUAUCUUGAAAAGAAAAAUAUAUCACAUAAAAAAAAAAAAGUCUUAAUUGAAAUUGUUUCAACUGUCAGAUUGGAGAAUUUAUUUAUUUUUGGAAUUUUGAAAACAUUUCCAUCUUGGAAGUUAUAUAUAUCGCUGCUUAUAUCCUGUUGUAAUUUUAACUCUUUAUAAAUGUAUGUGUGUACUUUUGUGUACUGUUAUCAAUGUUACUGAUGUCAUACUUCUUUAUAUUGAAUUGGCAGCGCUUAUAAAAUAAAGGUGAUGAGCUCAC